GGAGAUGACCUAGACCUAUAUUCGCCCAUCUGCAUGCACAGCUAUCUCGCUUGACAUCUGUCCUUCCCGUGAAGCAGGCUUUCAGCAAGUAGAAUGACAGCAGGCCGGUAAGAAGUAUUUUGUGUACCUUCAUGACAAUAGACAUGCGUUCUCAAAAGUGACAGCGCCUGGCUGGCUGGUAGAAGGUGGUUCAACCGUUGUCUCGAUGUGUGACAUAGCCUGCUGGGCGACGGAGAGAUAUGACCAAGCCGGCCAUGCUGCUCCUCCUGGUCGUGGUGACGACGCUGGAGUGGUUCUCACCACCAUUGUCUGUCGAAGCCAAGCGAGUCCUGAUGAUCCCGGUGCCACUGGUCAGCUUGACCAAGUACCAGCUCAACGUGGCGCAUGCUCUAGUGCGAAAGGGUCACGAGGUUUGGAUGACCAUGCCGGACCACAUCGCAUCCAAAAGGGUGCUGGACACCACGAACGUCACUGUCAUCCAGUACAAAAAUGAAGUCAACCUGGAGGAGGGCUUGUCGACGUUGGUGAUAGACAGGUACAUGAAACGCCUGCCACCAGAUCGCCCAAGCUACCUGGGCCUGGUGAAGAAAUACAUCUACGGACAGCUGUCCAACGACUCUCUUUUGGCAGAAUUCAAACAAGUCAGACCGGACUUUGUCAUCCUCGACUGCGUACCCUUCUACAAGAUGAUGGCAAUAAUUCCGCAUAGGCUGCGUCUUCCCUUCGGAUUUGUCGGGUUUUCGUUCACGGACAGUAUUUCCAUGAGAGUACCUGCCUCUACUUCUGUCACACCUUACAUCUUUGCUGGACCCUACACGCAGCACAUGACAUUCAUGCAAAGGAUGCACAACACGAUGCAUUAUUUUCAAAGUGCGUUUCUAGAUCCAACCAUGGACGGAAAUGUUGUCGAACGGUACGCCCCUAACAUGCCGAAUAUUCCGAUCGACAUGUUAGUGGCGAGGGCUGAGAUCUGGCUCAUUGACACGGAUCACAUUCUCGACUACCCGAGACCUUCCCUCCCCAACGUGAAGCUUGUUGGCGGUCUCGCUGCGGGGCCAGGCAAGCCCUUGGAAGAGGAGUUUAAAACCUUCAUGGACAACGCAUCAGAAGGGGUCGCUAUCGUGUCCUUCGGGAGUUUCAUCCUUGACCUUCCACCGCACCUCAGCGACAAGAUCUUCAGCGUCCUACAGCAGCUGCCGAUGAAGUCCAUCUUUCGGUCCAGCUUGACGCUGCCCAACUCCAAAAAGAUAAUGACUUCAUCUUGGCUACCCCAGAACGACCUCCUGGCCCCCAAUGCCAAGGUAUUCGUUAGUCACUGUGGCAACAACGGUCAGCACGAAGCACUAUACCAUGCUGUCCCCAUCGUUUGCCUCCCUUUCGUCAUGGACGAGCAUUACAACGCCGAACGCACGCGCCUGAAAGGGUUCGGAGAGACUGUUGACCUCCACGAGGUCACUGAGCGUGAGUUGAGGAUGAUGAUUGUCAAGGUGGCGACAUCUCCCGCGUACAAAGCUGCAAUCUCGAAAGCCUCCGAACUUUUCCGCAUCGAAUUUGGCGUCCCCCAGGACACUGCCGCGUUCUGGAUUGAUCACGUGAUGAAAUAUGGCGGCGAACACUUGCGCUCUGCGAGUCAGGACAUGCCACUCUAUCAAUUUCUUUCACUAGAUGUCUACGCUUUACUUCUUCUCGUAACUCAUUUAGUGACUUUUGGGUUAUGCACAGUCAUUUGCUUAUGCUGUAAAUAUGUUAACAGGACAAGGAAACCAAAGAAUGACUAGUCAAUGAUGUCUUUAAUCUUCGUAAAGGAGCAAGAACAUGACUAAUUAUCAGGAAAGUAAAAAUAAUGUUCUAGCUCUUUACAGUUCUUUAAGAUUUAGCAAUAAUAAAAUGAUAAAUGUAUAUCAUUUAA